CAGGUCUGGCUGGCCAUGUGCUAUGCUGCUGCUAUAAACAACCUCAGCGUCUCAAAUUGAAUAACAGCAGAGCACACUCGGGAGCUCUGGACACUUGUGUUCUUUCAUAGUAGGAGAAGCUUAAUGUUGACAGUAUGGGGCAUCAGGUGAUAAUAUUUGACUUUUCUCUCAUAAGAGGACUGUGGGAAACUCGAGUUAAGAAGAACAAAGAACGUCAGAGGAAAGAGAAAGAAAGACUGGAAAAAAGCUCAUUGGAGAAGAUAAAGCAGGAAUGGAAUUUCAUACUAGAGUGCCGGAAGAAAGGUAUUCCUCAAUCAAAAUACCUUAAGAAUGGCUUUGUAGACACUGAUGAGAAGAUCUUGGACACUUAUGGAAAGACUCCUUGGCUCCAGAAGAGGCAUAAUUUGUCAGAUGAAGAAAAUAAGGAAAAAAACAAGUUUAUUUUUCAGCUUUCCGGAGAGCAAUGGAUGGAAUUCCCAGAUUCUCUGAAACAACAGACCUAUCUGAAAGAAUGGCAUGUGUACAAUACAUUGAUACAAACCAUUCCAGCCUACAUUGCAUUAUUUCAAGAUCUGAGAGUACUGGAAUUGUCAAAAAAUCAAAUCAACGAUCUCCCAGUGGAAAUUGGCUGCUUAAAAAACCUCAAAGUGCUCAAUGUGAGUUUCAAUAAUUUGAAGUCAGUCCCUCCAGAACUGGGUGAUUGUGAGAAUCUGGAAAAACUUGAUCUCUCUGGAAAUAUGGAAAUAAAAGAGCUCCCGUUUGAACUGAGUAACCUGAAACAAGUUACAGUUGUGGACGUGUCAGCAAACAAGUUCCAUUCUAUUCCAAUCUGUGUGCUCCGGAUGUCUAACUUGCAGUGGUUGGAUAUUAGCAGCAACAACCUGACAGAUCUUCCCGAAGACAUAGACAGGUUAGAUCAACUGCAGACACUUCUUCUACAGAAAAACAAGUUGACUUAUCUUCCACGAGCUCUGGCCAAUAUGCCAAAACUCAGUUUGCUUGUUGUCAGUGGCGAUGACCUGGUUGAAAUACCCACAGCCAUCUGUGAGUCAACCACAGGUUUAAAAUUCAUAAGUCUCAAGGACAGCCCAGUUGAGACUAUUGUUUGUGAAGACACUGAAGAAAUUAUAGAAAGUGAACGUGAUCGGGAGCAGUUUGAGAAAGAAUUUAUGAAAACAUACAUUGAAGACAUAAAGGAACGGGAUUUGACUCCUUCCUACACUACGAAAGUAUUACUCAGUCUUCAGCUCUGAAGAUCAAAAAUAUGUAAAUCAUAAGUGAAUAUCAGAAUAACUCUACUUUUUUCUAUCUGAACAGAAGCACUUCAAAAUCAUAAUGAAUUUUCUUAUUUGUUACUGUAGUCACUCCCAGUAACUACAGAUAAAACAAGAGUAGAAUAGCCUUUUUAAGACACUGUUUCACCUUUUAAAUCAACGUAUUUAUUUUCAAGUCCACAGCAACAGCUACUAAUUUACAUACAGUCCUUCUGAAAGUAAAUAUUCACUGUAAUAAAAUAUGCACAGGCAUAGAUGUCCUCAGGAUGAAAACAUUGUAUGUUGUAGUGGAAACAGUACAAUAUAGAUUAUAAUCUUAAAAAGAUAUUUGAUUUUACAAGAAGGGAAGGGAUAACUUCGAAAAUGAAUGUCACCUGUCUUAAGACCAAAUAACACAUUUAGUUCUUUACAAUAUUUAAAGUGCAAACACACACACAGUUCUUUGUAUUUACUUUCUGUUGUUCAAGGAAAUUGUUCCUCUUGGGAUUUUCAGUUUAGAUAAGUUCAACAGCUUUAAAUAUAGAAACUGUAGUAAUUCUGCUGUUUUUUCAAGCAUAUUACAAUCUUUUACCAGUUCGCAAAUUCAAGAUCCAAUGUGACUAAAACUUCUGUGCUAAGUAAUCUUCUAAUAUAGCAGUAUAUUAAAUAAGAUUUUAAGGACUGAUCAGCAUGAACAAAUACUAUUAGCAAGAUGAUGAUAAAGAUCUUCUACUAAUCAUUUCAGGUUACAGUAUUUUGUGACAUUUAUUGGAAUUUUCCAAGUUGUAUAGCAACAAAUUUGCUGGAUAGAAAGUUAUAUUGCUUACUUUUUAAUAAUCUGUUUAUAUGUAAUUAGAUAAGUGUAUAUACUAUAGAGUCUCAGAAAUCUAGUUUUAAAUAUAUAUUUUUUGUUUAAUAAAUCAAUUCUUUUUAAUCUAAAAAGACUUGAGACUUUGGGGAUAUAGACACAAAGUAGAGAAUUCAAAUAAUCCUAAACUUAUGAGUGCAGUCAGGAGAAAUUAUAUUUAUAUCUUGCUUUUUAUUGUAGAUGAGCUAUGUCCAAUUUUGUGCAGUAAAGUGCCACUUAAGUCAGUCUUAUUUAAAAAGCAAAACAGUAAAGGAUGUGCUCCUCAAGACUUCCACGUAAAAAAUACCACUUUUGAUGUUUUCUUUCCCUUUUAACUUUUUUGUAUUAAUUCUUUUGAAAUAAGAGAAUUUGUAAAUACUAGGUAUGUUAUUUAUUCCAGUCACAAACUCCUACAGUCAUAUGACUAUUGUAAAUUAAACCCUCCUGAGUUGGUCUCUAGGUGUUAAUGUUGAUUUUAAACAACUCUUGGAACAAAGAGAAAGUUUUGAAAAGCUCCAAGAAAAGUUGACAUUGAUCUGAAAUGGAAUAAUGCAAGAUCUGUAUUUGUUUUUAUUACUAAGAUAUUGAAAUAUGAUUAAAUAGUGGCAAUCAAAGUGGGCUUACAGAUAUCAGGCUAUCUGAAACUACCCUACUGAACUUUCUUUUAGUGGAAUUAUAAAUUUGGUUUAUUAGGUAUUGAUAUUGAUGUAAUAAACUUCUGUAAUACAUCUGAUUUAACAUUGCUUGAAAUUCUAUUUCUAGAGGUCUGGUGUAGUCUAAUAUGAUCCACUGGAAAUCACAGAAAUGGAAAUCACAACUGUUAUGUUUAUAGAAUGGAAAUGUCCAUUAAGGGAGUUAUAACUUUAAGAAAAACUAGAGGUGCAAAUGUAAUUAACUAAAUAAAAGUUCCCAGUGCAAAUUCUAGUGUCAGAAUUGUUGGCUAUAUUAACAGAAGGUACUUGAAUAGUGAAGUUGUAUUAAUACUUAUUUAGCAUUGCUGUUAGUCUCACUUGAAAGAUUUCUGCUGUUCACAGAGAAGAGUGAUGCAGAUAAACUGGGGAACAUUCAGUAAGAAAACAAUAGCAUAAAGACAAAAUAUACAUUUUGAAGUUCAUUGAACAGUGAACAAGUCCAUUUGCUUGUCAAUAUUUAUCAAUGAAAAAUUACAGUCUAGAAACAUGAUUUUUUACUGCAGCAGACAAACGUAAGACAGAGGACUAAAACUUGAACUCACAGAUUUGAACUAGAAACAGAGCCUGUGUUCCAGUAAGAGUAACCAUGAGACCCAGAGAACCCGGGUUUCAUGGUUCCAUGAGAACCCAGAAACUGGCCUGUGUUCCAGUAAGAGUAACCAUGGGACAAGUUGCAUAACUGAUGAAUUCUUAGUCACUAGCAAUCUUUAAGUCCAGGUUAGCAUUUUCAUUUAAACAUUGCUGCAACAAGCCACAGAAAAUGUAAGGUCAACAGUAUACAGUGACUAGUCAAACGAGUGUUCCCCAACUUGACUUUGAAACUAUGUGAAUCAAAUUUUCAUAGAAUCAUAGAGUGGUUUUGGUUGGAAGGGACCUUCAAAGAUCAUCUAGUCCAACCCUCUGCCACAGGUGGGGACAUCUUUUACUGGAUCAGGUUUUUCAAAGCCCUGUCCAAAGUGACCUUAAAUACUUCCCAUGAUGGAGCAUCCACAACUUCUCUAGGAAACCUUAGAGUUUGCCUCAAACCUUAGAGGGUGCCUCAACACCCUCAUCAUAAAAAAUUUCUUUGUGAAAUCCAAUGUAAAUCUAUUAUAUUUCAGUUUAAUACUGUUACUUGUCCUGUCACUACAGGGCCUGGUAAAAAGUCUUUCUUCAUCUUUCUCAUAGACCCCCCCCUUAUAUAUUGAAAAGCUGCAAUAGAGUCUCCCCAGAGCCUUCUCUUCUCCAGGUUGAACCCCAACUCUCUCAGCCUUUCCUUAUAGGAGAGGUAUUCCAGCCCUCUGAUCGUUUUCAUGGUCCUGCUCUGGACCUGCUCUGACAGGACCAUGUCUUUUUUGUACUGGGGAUGCCCGUUGUGGAUGCAGUACUCCAGAUGGGGUCUCAUGAGAGCAGAGUAGAGGGCAAGAAUCACUUCAUUUGACCUGCUAAUCAUGCUUCUUUUGAUGCAGGAUAUAGUUGGCUGUGAGUGCGUAUUGCUGGCUCAUGUCCAGCUUCUCAUCCACCAGUAUGUCCAAGUAUUUCCCUGCAGAGCUGAGAGCCUUUAUUCCUGGCUCUUGUAGAACAUUAUUUCCUAAAAUUUUAUCCACAGGAAGAAAAGAUUAUUUUUGUCACAGAAUUUGUCAAGUACCUCUGUUUAAGAGGAAGAAGGUGUACAUGUAUAAUUGUCUCCAUUACACCUAAGAUGUCCAAUGGGUACUGUCAGCUAUAACUGAAAUUCCUAAUUUCAGCAUAAUUGCAUCGAGUUCUACUUCUAUGUCCUGUACAGCAAAAAUAGUGUGAUAACAUACUUAGCACAUACUGUUAAAUGCAAUUUUAUUAGUAUCAUCCAUUGCAGUACAAAAUUUGUGUGCUGAAAGACACCUCAUUUUGAAUUUAGUCUAAUUUUACUGGUUUUCUACCCAACUUGUUUUACUAGUAGUUUUACUUAAACUGUUAUCUUUUACUAAAAUAUAAAACUUCCAGAGAAGAGAAUUGUGCUGUUGGCCUGUUGAAAAUAUUCUUUUUCAAUUUUUGAAAGUGAAUAAUUUUAUGAAUAAACGGAAUUUUGUGCACUAA